GCCGCUGGUUUUAUGACAAAACGGUACAAUGCGCCAUGUACCUACACAGACAGGAGUCACGGUUGUUCUCUAAACUUCCCAGCAGCCCGUAGCUCCCUAAUCACUCUACAAAUUACAACCUACUAACCCACAAAACAUCCACCUCACCGAAGCUAAAAGCAAGAAAGCAGAGGGGAUUUCCUCGUCCACUGCAGGAGUGAACCGAACAACUGGAACCAAGCCCUAAGAACUAGACGCGAGAGAUCAAAAACUACUAGUUUUCUACGCUCGCACUAUCAAUAUUGGAUAUUGGAAAACGGUACAAUGCGCCAUGCACUCGUAACCGAUAUCUGCGUUUGUUGAUUCAAAUGAAAAUGAUUCUUAUUUCAAAAUAUAUUUUAAGUUCGAAAGUUGUGGACAACCUAAUCUUUUUUUAUGAAAUGGAUCUUGUGUACAAACUGCACAAAAACCGUAAAGUAUCCUCCCUUCCACGAAGAAUUUUCCAACCAUUGACCUACUGUUUUAUGGGAGCAUUUUCAAAAAUAUUGUUGUCACGUCACCAGUUAAACAUCAUUGGUUCAGAACGCUUGCUCUUAGCAAUCGACAGCAGACCGAGUAAUCAGCCCUUAAUUACUGUCAGCAAUCACCAUUCAUGUUUGGAUGACUUCUUCUUAAAUGGUUCAUUGCUUACAUUAAGGCACAUUGCUAAUGGUAUGUAGUACGAACAUUCAAAUAUUAUAGAAAAAUUUAGUGACAAUGUGCCGUUGGUGUCUGACGGCUGUAGACAUUUGCUACACAACAUGGUUUUAUUCUCAAUUUUGCUUCUGGUUCAGAGGAAUCCCUGUGUGGCGAAAAGUUCGUGAUCCGUUAUCCGGUAAGAUAACACAUUUCGGUGGAGGAGUAUAUCAGCCUAGUAUGGAUUUCUGUAUCGAUUUAUUAAAUUCCGGCCAGUGGAUCCAUGUAUUUCCUCAGGGUAGAAUUAUUCAACCAAAUGAACGUAAUUCGGAACAAGAUAUCCGUCUGCGCUGGGGAAUCGGAAGAUUAAUAGCGGAAUCAAAAGAAGAUCCUAUUGUGCUUCCUAUAUGGCAUUGUGGUUUUGAUGAAUUAAAUCCUUCCGAAGUACCGAAAUCUUCUGUUACGCUGUCACGCAUAUUUGGAAAAUCACGAAAACUAACUGUUGGAGUUGGUAAACCGAUUGAUAUCCAUGAUUUGCGUCGGGAAUUAAAACGCAAUUCCACUCUUUAUGCAUUAUCGUCGGAAUUUCGUUCAAAUAUACAUAGUACGUAUACCCAAGUCGUUCAAAAGCAGUUAUAUGAAUUGAAGAAGGAGACAGAAUGUGAGCAUCGUAAAUUUAAUGUAGCUCAGUAGUUGUAUAUAGAUUUUUCCAGUGUAUAUUUCGCAACAAAUCUUUUUUUUAGUUUAUUUUUUUUGUCUGUAAUAAUUUAUCUCAGUACAUAAAAAUGCUCUUUGCAA